AUGCAGGGUGGGACAUACAGAGCACAGGGAAAGGGCACCCCUGAGAAUGACAAGACUGAUGGGAGGCCAUUCAGUUUCCCUGGCAGCAUCGCUGAAGUUGAUGCUGGUGGUUGUCUACCCUGUGGAGGAGGCAGGCAAGGCGGGGUGAGAGGAGAGCUCCUCCUUGGAAGUCAUGCGGUCUGUAGGGACAGCAGCCAUCUCUUUGUCCCUUUCUCCAGCAGCCUGUGCCUGAACCAUGGCAGCAGUCUUGGGGGCUUCUGUGUUGGCCCUGUUGCUGGGAUGGACACCCCAGUGCUGUUGCUGGCUAGCAACUUCGGAACACUAAAUUUCCCUAGGCCUGGGCCCUGUUUUGAGAGAGAAGCCUCGGUGUUUAGCCCAACAUUAGGGAGUUUUGUUUCCUGUUGUUUUUAUGACAAAACCCCAGCACAGGUAUUUAAGAGCCAAAUGCCGUGCUUGUGGAGGGAAGGGAGAAUCCUUUCUAAACAGAUCCUGGGACUUUUCCUUACGGAUUUGCAUGUACAGUGAGGCAGGGAGCAAUGAUGUCCACUCUGAGACCCGAGGUGCCCAUAAAAUUGGGUAUUCCAAAAGACUAAAAAGACUGUUUAAAUCAUCCUUUAUUAUUUAUUGCCUGUCAGGUGCUGUAUUGGAUAGCAUUCCCAUUUCACAGAUGAGGAAACAGGCUCAGAGGAUAAGUGGUGUGCUGGGAUUACUGGGCACAUAAAUAGCAGAAUUGGGAUUCAAACUUUGGAGUCUAACUCUAAAGCCCUUGCUCUUAACUAUCGAUAUUGUCUUCCUGAUCUUUUAUAAUGGAAGCUUUCAAACUUUUUGGACUUCAAUCUACAAUAAGAAAUUUAUUUUACAUGUUCUUGUAUAUGUGUAACAAUAUAUUUAUAAGACAAACAUUAUGCAACAAUGUACACCUGUGUAUGUGAGGCACUCUGAUGUUUUCUAUUCUAUUCCAUCUUUUCAAUUUCAUUCUAUUUAUGCAAAAUGGAUGUUGGUUGGGAGCCAUUAAGUUAAUUUAAUGACCCACUAAUGAGUAGCAUUGGAAAACUACUGUCUGUAAGACAUGCAAGCAUGUUUCAGUGUUGUGCGAGUGUAAGUAUUUUGGGAUGAUGUUUUACCAGUAGCAUGUGUAAAGAGACUAAGAGUAUCGUGUAAAAGCUGGAAUCACUAGAGCCCUGAAGAAGAAAGAUCCUGGCUAGAAGUGAGGCUGAGCUGUUAAUUAUGUUGACUACAGUUCAUGGUUCUCAGACUGGGAACUCUUCCCUCUUCUUGGGGGCAUCACCACCUCUCCGCUGUCUACCCGGAAAUCCUGAUAAUCUCUUUGGGGUUUUAGUAAAAGACUGAAACAAACGUUGGGGGAUUUCAACAGGCUUUAACAGGCUCACUUGCUUGACAAUAUAACAUAGGGUCUUGAUGUUUUGGUGUGAGGAGGGAUCUUUGAAAUGCUGAGAGAGACUUAGGGUCUUUUCCCAGCAUCUCUACUGGUGGUUUUCCAGCCUCGGGCUCCAUUGCUUGGCUGAGAUCCUGGCCCAUUGUAGAAUCUGUGUAGAGGAAAUGGAGUUCACUAUUUGUAAGGCAGCCUGUUAUACUCUUGGACAGCUUUAAAUAUAACAGUCAGUGAUUGAGCCAUAAUCCAAUUAGGUAUUGAUUGGACACCAACUGCGUACCAGGCUCGGUAUCAAGCACCAGGAACACAAAGAUAAAUACACCUUGGUUUCUGCUAUCAACUGCUCUGUUCUCCUACUUCCAUACUGCUGUUUUUCUGUUAUGGGUUUGUUUAGUUCAUUCAUUCAUAUAUUCAUUCAAUAAAUCAUGUGCUGGUUAUCUACUCUGACCAGGUCCAGUGCUGAGCCUGGAGGAGGUAUCAUGCCCACCCCACCGUCACCCUAACCCUUCUCUCUGUGAGCCUCCCCACUCACAGUUUCUCUAGUUUCUUCACACAGCAGUUUUUCAGACCUCUGGUUUUCCCUGCCACUGAGCUCGGAAACCUUUUAGUUUGUCAUUGGCCUUCUUAAAGCCAGUCGGUACCCGGAAUGAUAGGAAUAGAGUAGAUUUCUUUCUGAAGUUUUAAACUGAAUAUUUUAACUGAAAACUUUUGGCAGUGUUUUAUAUGCAAACGACACUGCAGAGCAUUAUAUUUUCCCCCCUAAGUAGGAGAUUUUAUUAAACUUAGACACAUGCACAUUAAAACACUUUCAGUAUAAGGAAGAAGGGUAGUUUAUUCCCUCCAAAUUUGACUACAGCUCUAAAUUUUCUUUAUUAAUGCAAAGUUCUUUUGUCACCUUGACUUUGGGACACUGUUACCAAACCUUGUGGGAAAUAUCAAGUUCCAAAAACUUGAAUACAGGGAGGAAACAAGUACUUUUGGGGCCCUAGAGUGAACAUUUGGUCCAUAUGAAAUGACCAGGAAGACUAUUAUAUGAAGGUUACCUCAUGAAUUGUGCUAAGUCAGUCUCUUCCCAUAAGACAUGUUCAAAGUUUUAAUAUUUCCAUGAGAGGUUUCCAUGGGAAGCAAGCAUUUGAUAAUUCACCAUUUAAAUAAGAAAAACACCAUCAUACACUGCUUGAAAAGUUUUGAUCUUUUAUUAUGUAAAACAUUUUUAUUAUAUAAUAUUUAAGACAUACAAAAACAUAUGAAGAAAAUUCGGAUGAAAACCUAUGAAUAUAUCACCAAGGUUAAGAAAUAAUACAAUUGAGCGCUAUUGCAUUUAUGACUAAGUUAAUUUAUUAAGCAUUAAAACAUUUGGAUUAUUCCACUCAAGAUAUUGGGUUAGGGAGAAGUUUAGCAGGGACAUCUAUCAAUUUUCCUAAUGCAAAAGAUUUAAUUCCUAGAUAUUUAUUUGGUCCACAUUGUUUUCCUCUUGGAACUUGUAACAUUUUUUAUUGUUCCUUUUUUCUUAUAAUGUACUGACAAUGACUUUGCAUAUUGCAAACCCACAUGUCUAAUUUAUCAGAGGUUCUGAUUAGAGGAUAUUUCUGCAUCAAAGGUCAAAUGUAACAAGGUAUCAUCAUUUGCAAGUAACUGUAGAAGCCUCUAUUAUUUAUUUGGCUUGAUCUUUAAGGACUCUAGUUCCUUAUUUAUUUAUCAUAUGUGUUUUAAUCACACUGGAAAUAAUAUCAAACACUGAAUAACUUUUAUUUAUAAGACUUCUUAGCAAUAUAUUAUAGUCCAUGUAGAUACUAAAUGAAGAUAUCAACAUUUUUCUAUGGGUCAGUACUUUUACUUUUUAAAGACAUUAAAGCAUACCAAAUCAUCUUAAAAAUAUUACCACUAAAGCUCAACAUUCACCUGCCUGAAUAUGCAGACAUUAUGGCUAAUGUUAAAUACUAAACAUGGUGAGAAUUUUCUGAAACACUGGUUUCAGAGAGCUGUCAUCCACAGAAUCAGGGGCUAAGUAGUUGUUCAUCUUUAUGGUAUAGCUUUAGUUCUGUAUAACAAAGAUUUACUGAGUACUUACAAUGUGCUGGGCCCUGAGCUGGGUGCUGGAGACAGAGAGGGGAGACAUUCAUGAACCCUUCUCUUGAGUCUCUGUAGUUAGAGCAUCACCCUUUGUCUGUAGAGUGUAUGAUUUUGCACUUACCCUCUCUAGAAUCAAUGGUUACUGAAUAUGGUAUGUAAGAUGAACAGUAUAAUAUUGUUUUGAAUAGAGAGGAUACUUUAGAUAGAACCCAAUGAUAGAACCUAAAGUGAAGAGUAUAAUUUUGGUGUGUGGUUGGUAGAAUAACUGUAACAUAAUCUAACUUAAACCUUCUACAUCAAUUGUCGUUUUGUUGCUUUAACUGAUGUUGUAUUCCUAAUGACUGUAUUAUUUAGAUUUACAUUUUGAAAAAUGGAUCACAAAGAUACUAUAACACAUAUAUAUGUAUAUGUGGGU